AUGGCGUACUUUCCGAGGUAUUAUGGUGGAGGAUGCACGUUUCCAGCGGAGUGGACGGGUAGUUGGUUCCAAUCCGGCUACAUAGGGCUCAUCGCCAUCAACUCAACCCAUAUACAGUCCAAGGGGGAGUGCUCAGAAACGGAGUCGUACGAUAAGUUUCUGCUUUACGACAGGACCUACGAAUGCUACAGAUGUAUGGUGAUACACGAAAAGCACAAAUACGUACUGCAAUAUAAAGAGACGUUUUGCAGUCAGAAGGACUCACUAUCGUCCAUUUGCGAGGAGAUAAGUGGGGAUGCACCGCUAUACUCGAUGUUCAGAAAGGAACCGAGGCCUGAGCCCGAGUCGUGUCCUUUCCAUCCAGCCCCGUUCACUUUUACGUAUAGCAGAGGUUCCGGCGAUUGUGCGUAUCCGCCGUCUCGCGCGGAGUCGUGUACGGACGACUCGAGGCUCUUGCUUAGGUACAUGGCGUGUCCGGACGUCCCCGGGACCGAGAGUAAUGUGGAAGAACUCGUUUGUCUUGCCACGUGGAAGGAGGGCUCCACUAGAUACCUCGUCGGUCAGAUAUCUCAAGUGCAAAGGAGGAAUUCUAUCGCCUCAGAUGAAGAUACAUAUAGAUGCUUCAUAUACAAAGGCCAACACGGCGAUAAGAGUACGUCAUACAUAAUAGCGCAGUCCGGUGACGCGACGUGCAACGGCCUCUCGUCGCCCACCGACGGGAGUCGCACUAUGAAACUUACGACAAGUGACGACGAACACAACAGAUGUCACUUUCCCAAUUGGAUUGUGGAGCAUCAUAAAUGGUACAGCCUCGACCACACACACCAGUAUAGGUUCACAACCAAAAAUGCUACUUUGAAGAUUAUGAACACAGAUGGUUCCUUCGAAGAGAAACGUCUCGUGUGUCACUCGAUUCUUGAACAGAAAGAUAAUAAACAUAUUAAAUUGGUGGCGCACGUCACUAAAGGAUGCAUGUCGGGUCACGUGUGCCUCAAGUUUUACCAUCGCGAGGGGAAUGUUCUGGAAUUGCAACAAGGUGCGGAGCUUUGGGAGCAACCGCAGGACGCGUGCUCUGAAUCUGCCAACCCUACUUUUGUGACUCUUAUAACCACUACGCCCACGCCCAUGCCGUGUCCCAUCGCUGGGCGAUACAGCGUGUUGAAUUCACUAGCAGACAGACGACGUCGGCGGCAACAACUAGGCAAUGGUGAUUCCGAUGUCGAAACAGCGGCGGAAUGUGUGUCCGGAGAUUACGAGAGUGCGAGCAUCGGUUGCGGACACUCCCAAGACACUAUAGAGUUCAAAUCCGCCUGCACUAGUACGGUCUACAAGUGUUAUGGAAGUUGGCGUGAAGGCUCACGAGGUUUCCUCAUAGCAGCCCCGCAGGCUCGCACUUCAAACCAGCACAGGACUUUCUGCUUUAUGUACACCAGACAUAAUGAGACGGGAGGUGGUGGCGGGUCUGUUUCACUAAGCGCUGUGGGACGCGCGUGUGACCGCGCCGCGGUACCAGGGCGACAUGGGGACAAGGCGUACAAUCUUACUAGUAAUGGUACAUGUGAACAAAGCAGCCAAUUCAACAGUGUCGCGCAUCGUCUCUUGCCCGCGGCGUUGCUUGCACUCUCCCUCGCACUACUCGCGCUCAGA